AUGGCAGAGGGAGGCUUUGACCCGUGUGAAUGCAUCUGCAACCAUGAGUACGCCAUGAGGCGCCUCAUCAACCUGGUAGGUCCUUUUAAAAAAAAAUAAACAGUUUUUAUUGUUAGGCAUUGCUAUGAUAGAGCAGGGCCAGGUCAAAAUAUUUCAAGUGUGUUGUUCAAAGAUUAAGUAUACCCUGCUGUAAAGUGGAGAAAGGGAAGAAGUGAAGAAACCAGCAGCAAGUUUCCAAGGAAAGAAAAGAAAAGAUGACGCUCAGCCUUCAUAUCCUGGUUCCUCUUCCUUGUUUAUCCUCAGCUCCUAUCAGAUUGGCCACGCAGUAAGGUUUCUCUCUGCCACCCCCCUGUCCACUGUCAGAUUUGAAUUGUGUUUGUACUUUUUGGCUUUUCUUAAUGAAAAGCUUUUUGUAAAAAAGUGAAGAGACCAAAGUAUUAAGUAACUUUACAGAGAAAGAACAUUGUGUAAUUACAAGUAGUGUCUGUUUCCAGGCAACCUGAUUGCCUCUUUGUGCACAGGUGUAUCUUGCAUGGCAAUCUGCAGUUGGCUCAGAGCCUGCAGGUGCCCCAGGGAUUUCUGGUUUGUUUGCAGCAGGAAAAGUAUGUUGUCUAACCAACUUAAGAAUUCGCAGAACAGUAGGCCUAUCAGAAAUAAACCAGACUACAAGAAUCAUGACGUGCUCUUUCUUUUUUUUUUUUUAUCGUUCAUAUGUGAAAAUUAGCUUUUGGCAACUGCAAGCUGAACUUGGGUCUUUAUAACUGUAUGUAAACAAUAUUUAUGACAAUUUCCUCUCACUACAAUUAAUGUGAUUCAAUGUGAUUUCUGUUUUUUUUCAGCUGAGGAAUUCUCAGUCUUACUGUACAGACACCGAAUGCUUUCAGGAAUGUAUGUAUGACCAUUAAAUACAUUAUUAUAAAUACUACACAGAUUAGAGUCUAAAUAUGUCAGUAUGAGAUUUAUUGAUAGAUGUUUGUCUAAUAUUGUGUAAAAUCGUAACUUCACUUAUGAUCCUGUCAGUGUUGACUGCUUAUUUUCAGGGUCUAAAGUUGUAUUUGGUUUCAGUGCCAGGUCCAAGUGGUCCAGUCGGUGGGGGUGGAGAACUGACCCUCCCUAUGAUUAUGAUGGGAUGGAUGGUGCUGGCUCUUAUCUUGUACCUGCUGCGUCCAUCCAGUCUCAGAGGUCCCAGUCAAACAGCCAAACCCUCUGGACCCCACAAUGUCAGUACUGACUGCUGUCCCACCUUUGUAAUGAAGAAAUAUUAAAAUAUGUGUAGUGGCGUGCAUUUUCAAAAGUCUUCUUUAGUUUUUUUUCUAAAAUUUUAGCAAGUAAAGCACUGAUGUUACUUCUAAUAAUUGGCUCAGCUGUAUCUAGAGGUCCCUCAGAGGAAACUGAAAUCAGACCAGUCAAGAGUAUUUCAUCCAUCCUUAGAGUUACUUUAAACACCUGUGAUGUGUGAUUAUUUUCCUGAAUAAGAGAAAAUUAGUUGAAUUUAGCGCAGUCAGAGAGGCAGUUAACUUUUCUUUUUACUGUGACCUAAAUCUGGCAUUUUGAAGACUUUUCAUUUUUCCCUGAAGUUAAGAUUUACAAUCGUUUGUCUUGGUUUUCAGAGCGACAGAAGAGAGCCCCCCCCACCUCCCAUUGAUUAG